GGGCGCCGGCCCCGGCGCCUCUUCCGCUCCCGCUCCCGCUUCCGGCGGCGCCGUUCCUGUCUCGGCAGACGUGGCCUUCCGGUUCUGGAGCCCGAGCAGAAACCCCUGCAACCGGCACGAUGGAGCUGGAGGCCAUGAGCAGAUACACCAGCCCAGUGAACCCUGCGGUCUUCCCCCAUCUCACAGUGGUGCUGCUGGCCAUCGGCAUGUUCUUCACUGCCUGGUUCUUCGUCUAUGAGGUCACCUCCACCAAGUACACUCGAGACAUCUACAAGGAGCUGCUCAUCUCCCUGGUGGCCUCGCUCUUCAUGGGUUUCGGGGUCCUCUUCCUGCUGCUCUGGGUCGGCAUCUAUGUGUGAAUGGCUCACGGUUCUGUCUGCGUGAGGUCCCGGACAUCCUACCUUUUGUUUCCCUCAGUUUUUGUACCAUUGCUAAACACACUGACUUCUAAUAAAUGAGGCAUAUUUGCCUUCGUAAACAGA